AUGGUCUACGAGACAGGUUUGGAACACUUCCAGACGCUUAUCUGCCAGGACCAGGACCAAAACUAUGAAGGAAGCUCAGAUCCCACCAUGAUCAGCUGUGCUGGUCACGCAUUUCAUCAACUUAACCUCACCCUUGGCCAUAUCAAGUCCAAAAGGAUGGCUGGCCGAAUAGGCUCUGCCUUUGCCCGGGGGCAACGCUUUUCACCGCCGGACCCUCGCGAAGCCUCCGUAGGGACGCAUGUAUCGUGGAGUAUUCUUAACAAGAACGCCGAACAACAAGAGUCUCCCGAAGGAAAUCAGCGUCGCAAAAGACUCGAUCUCGGGUCAAUGAGUAACGUCAUUGCCGUGAUCAUCCCAUGGGUCUUUACUCUUCCGUCAGUGGCGGACAGCUUGAACAGACUCCUGCGCGGUAUAGCAGAGCGUGAUUUAUUUCUCAAGGGCAGCGCCAGCCAGACAAUCGAGCUACAGCCCCAUCCGAAAUACUUUGCAUUUUACUGUCUCGACACGGAAGAGUACCGGAAAUUACAGUACUCGCGUGGGCCUGAAGAGUCUCGGUCGCUUUCUAAUUCACCCAUCACCCGAAACGGCUUGGUGAGCGGCAAAGCCGUGGGCAAGAUUGGUCGUGCAAGCAGCUUUGCGUUCGACUUGGCUACUUCCCGACCCCCGAAGCCAUUUCGAACGCCAUUUUUAUUUGGCAAGUCAGAAAAGAGUCACCUAGAGGUUGUCAAGAGAAACCAGUCAGCGCUCGAUUCAGCCAACCACGAGAUGAAGAGGUGGGUCUUGGAGGAGAAGGGUGUCAUGGUUCAAUGCAGGUUGUACGUAUCAGCUGUUGUUGCCCUUAGUGCCUCCUUGGUUAUUGGUGGAAUAUCAAUCGGCAUCACAGUUGGCGACAGGAUUCCUGAAGUAGAUCCCUUCAACAUCACCACAUAUUGCUGGGUUCUGGCUGCUUUCGUCGUCUUGGUCUUCAAAAGCAUCCGUGUUCGCGACUGGCCAUGGAAUGAUUUUCUACAUGGCCAAGUGUUGUGCAGGAGCGUCUCGGAACUAGCAUCAGUCACAGGGAUCCAGGAUCAGUUGAUCAUUGCCUACCUGUUGUACCGCGAGCCUACGUCUUGGCUCCGUACUCGUGGGCCUUUCAAUAAUGUGUUUGACGGGGUGCAUGAUGAUGGUUUCUCCAUCGAUCGACUAAUAAUUACUUGGGCCAUGUUGUAA